AUGAACGAUACUCAUAUAGCAGACGCGCUGGUGAAUUCCAUCAAAUAUGCGACAUUGACUGCUUCAAACUACUCAGCUUUCAUGCAGACGUUCAAGUUGAAAUUCCAAAAUGCGCUGGCAAAUAUGGAGAAGGUUGAGAGGAAUGGCUAUGUCCAAGGACAAGAAAUCUACGCAUUCAGAGAUGGUGAUGAAUCGCCACUGCUUUUUUCAUUGCCGAAAUCCGGAGAGUGUCGAAGUGAAAACAAGGCAUCAAUCAAGUUUCUCGUCAAUGCUACAACCGGCUGCACGUUUAGGGUUUCACGAUGUGACGAGGCCCAACAAGCUAUACAGCGUAUGGCUGCUACUUUCAUUCCCACAUGGGUCCGCAGUUCUCCCGAGGAACCCUCGCCUAACAGUACAAAUGCACUAGUUGUAUUGAGAAAUAGGACAGACAUGGAGGUCACGCUGACAGCAGACACAACAAUAAGCCUUCGUUUUGCUGUGCGAUUCAAAGAUGUCACGCUGACAGCAGACACAACAAUAAGUCUUCGUUUUGCCGUGCGAUUCAAAGAUGUGACUCCUGCUCCAUCCUAUCGUUUCGCUGCUCUACCUUACAUCGACUUACGUCUGCCAAAUGACUUUUUCUAUCCAUUCUUGGCAAAGUCUGCGGUUUCGUACAGUAUCAUAGGACUGCUUGUGUUAGCAGCUAUUGUCAGCUAG